AUGGCAACGCUAGGCCCAGAAGCUGCACAGUCUGAACUUAUUGUACCAGCCAAAAAAAGCCAACAUGCGAACCACUUUGGUCUCAUCUCACCAUGGGAACACUAUUACCAUCCUACCGACACUGCUCCUCAGGGUCGAUUUGAGUGUGAGCUUGACGAGAUGGUCGUCUUUGGUGAUAUCCCUACGGAGAUAAGUGGGACCUGGUAUCGGAUGCUCAUUGAUCCUCAUUUCUGCCCACAGGUGGGAACCCCCUUUGUCGACGGAGAUGGGCAUGUUUGUGCCUUCCGUAUUCAGGACAGCAAGAUCUCCAUGAAGAUCAAAUACAUUCACACUGAAAGAUGGCUUUUGGAACGUAAAGCUGGCCGUCGACUUUUCGGCCGUUACCGAAAUCCUUACGACAUUCACCCGUGCGUGCGGUUUGCAAAUGAUAGCACUGGAAAUACCAACAUCAUCUACUGGGGUGGAAAUCUCCUCGCGUUGGCUGAAAGAGGAUUGCCGUGGGCGAUGGAUCCGGAUACCCUUGAAACCAGAGGCGCCGAUCCGUACGGUGGCCAAGUCGCUGCGAUGACCUUCACGGCCCAUCCGAAAAUUGAUCCCCACAAGAAUGAGCUUGUCACUUGGAGCUACUCUGCCAAGGGUCUCAGUACUCCGGAUAUCUGCACCUAUUCGAUUGAUCCUAAUGGACGUAUCUCCAAUGAACAUUGGUUCAAGCAGGACAAGCCCGGUUGGCCCCACGAUGGCUGGAUCACCGAACAUUGGAUCAUCCUUUCCAACAUGCCUUUUGGAGUCAACACGGAUGCGGUGAUGAAAGCCGGAGGCGACUACUGGAAAUUCAUUCCUGAUCAACCCUCGGAGUUCCUGGUCACUCCGCGCUAUGCGAACUCUUCCAACCAUCCAGGCUGGAAGCCAGGCGAGCUCAGGAAGUACACCGCUCCUCACGGUCUGAUAAUUCACAGCGGUAACGCAUGGGAAGAUGAAGGCGGCAUCUUGAAGCUCGAAAGCCACUUUGUCACUUUUAACGUCUUUGACUUCUUCAACCCGAAGGACUACGUGGGCCCCAAUGGCAAGCCCAGCGGAGACUGGAAACGUUGGACCAUUGAUCUCGCCAAGCCUGAUGGAACUACCCUGCCACCACCUGAGACACUGUUAGAGGGCAUAUUUGAUUUCCCCAUCUUCGACGAGCGCAUGACCGGUCACAAGACGAAGAUUGUCUAUCUGACCGCAAUGAUAGCUCCAGAGCGGGAAGAAAGACCUCGAUUCAAUGCAAUCAUCAAGUUGAACACGGAGACGGGCGAGAAUUCAAUCUUCCAUGCAGCCAGUGACGGUGGUGUCGCGGAGCCUGCAUACAUUCCUCGAGGACCUGAUUGUGAAGAAGGUGAUGGUUGGGUCAUCUUCUAUAUGGAAAAGGAUUCUUCAAACAAAGGAGAGCUUGCUAUCCUCGACACUAAUGACUUCUCGAAGCCAGUUGCCAUCGCCCAGAUGCCUUUCCAGACACGUAACCAGGUUCACGGAAACUGGGUUCCGAAUCCCCAUCCUGAGAGACCUCUCCCGAUGUUGACCGGUCCUAUCAAAGAAGUUGUACCCAGUACCAAGUACUCUCAGUUGAAUAGAUUUGCUUAG